GAAGCCGGCGGUACGGCCGACAAGCGGCCUGUGACAGCCGGCACAAAGACGUCAGGCUUGGCAUUAUCAUACCAUACUAUCAGCUUCCCGCCAGGCCGGCGACCGGCCCCUAUCGCCUGCCCCGAGCCCACCCUUACUCACCUCUUCUCGUCGAGGCCGAGGAAGACAAUCCCCGCCCCGCAUCCACCGGCUGGCCACGUCUUUAUACCUACCUACUUUUCAUUAUUAUUAAGGCUGCUUAUUUCUCGUGUACCUAAAUCUGCACACGCUAGCGGAUCGCCCGUUCGCGAGGUAUUAGUUGACUUCGGUACUAGAAAGGGGGAACGCCCACACGUGGAGGUAGAGAGAGAGAGAGAGAGAAGAAUAAAUAGGUACCUGCGGAGCCGAUGGCAGCCAACGGCGCGACGCCAGAGAAGGACGAGUUCUGGAUAUUCGGCUACGGGAGCCUCAUAUGGAAACCCCCGCCACACUACGACCAAAGAAUACCCGGCUGGGUCACGGGCUAUGUUAGGCGGUUCUGGCAGGUCAGUCAGGACCACCGCGGCACGCCCGACGCGCCGGGCCGCGUCGUCACGCUGAUCGAGCGGUCGUUCUGGGCCUCGCUCGCCGACGCGCACGACUCGGCGCCGGAGCGGGUCUGGGGCACCGCGUACCGGAUCCGGCCCGACAAGGUCGCCGAGGUGCGCGAGUACCUCGACAUCCGCGAGAUCAACGGCUACUCCAUCCACUACACCCCCUUCCACCCGGCUGCUGGCGACGUCGGCUCCCGCCUCCCCGGCCCCAUCCGCACCCUCGUCUACAUCGGCACUCCCGAAAACGACCAGUUCGUCGGCCCCCAGGACCCCCAGGCCCUCGCCGAACACAUCUACGUCAGCGAGGGGCCUAGCGGGCUCAACCGCGACUACCUCCUCAGCCUCGAACGCGCGCUCGACGAGCUGAGCCCUGACAGCGGCGACGUCCACGUCACCGACCUGUCCGUUCGCGUCCGCCAGAUCGACCGCGAGCACCGCGAGGGCCUGCGUCCCGCGGGGCCCCGCCACCCUCCGGUCCCGCACGAGUUCCGGCGCGCCGGCAGCGUCGACGAGCAGGAGGAGACCGAGAAGGCGUAACCCGACGUCGCCUGCGUGUGCUUCGAUGGAGCCCGGACGGUGGUGGCUGAGACGAUUUGGGGGCAUCGGGGAUGGGAAAAGAGAGCGCAGAGGCAAGAGGUUGUGUCGCUCGCUGACGCUGAGUGGGCGGCUUGCCUAUGCCCGAUGCGUGACCGUAUGCGUGAGC